AUGAACCGAGCGGAACACACACAUAUCACAAACACCUUCAGCUUCACGACAACCGACAACUAUGAACACGAGGGCUGGAGCGGAGCGUCCGCUGAGACCGGCGGCGAGCGUGUGACACGCGCGCUCGGCCACAGCCUCCCCGCCGCGCCCCGCGCGCCCCGCCGCGCCCCGCCGCCACACGCCCGACCAUACUUUAGGUGGGCUCUAUUUAAGCAGGUCUACGUCUCCCCUCACACACUAUUCGCAACAAGAGCUAAGUCGAGCGCACACACGACCUUCCAAAAUGUGGACCGCGAGAGUAGUCCUAGCGACCGCGAGCCUCGCCCUCCUCGUGGGGGUGUCGGAGGCCAAGCCGACGGAGGCCCGGGACGUGAGGGUGCUGGACCUGGCGGAGGUGCUCAACAAGACCAUGUGCCCCAUCAGGGUGGAGAUCGACGAGAACGAAGACCGCGUGCCGCGCAGGAUCAAGACCAUGAAGUGCGAGCAGCAGCCGGCCCACUGGUGCCGCUCGAGGAACCUGCCGCCGCACGAGUGCUGCCACCACCGGCACGAGCGGCACACCAUGGAGUGCGUGGAGAUGAGGGACACCGUGCUCGUGUACUACAAGUCCAGCCAGCGGACCGAGCCGCUCGAGGUGUCCGUGGGCUGCUCGUGUGUCAUCGAGCAGACCACGCAGGCCUCGCGCCUGCCGGGGCCCACCUGAUGCCGCUCACCUCCAUACAUACCUAUAUCAUGGAUAGAGUCCGACACUCGCCUGUGAUGGUCGUGCCGAGCCGGGGCCGGGCCCGGGCCUGGAGGGUCCCUAGACUCACUCACUCAACCGUUGUGACUGUUUGUUCCUAA